GACGAUCACUGCAGCGAUCGAAGAUGGAGACGGUGAACUAGCGUGUGUUAGCACCGUUUAACGAGCGGAGGUAAACGGUGAAGACAGCGGCGUGUUUUCACACAGAAGCUGAGUUCUUUGUAAACGUGGUCAGUUUGUACGGAGUGACUCAGUGCUGUGAGGAGCUGUACGUUAUGCAGAUAUGAAGCGGGUUCGCACUGAGCAGAUCCAGUAUGCGGUGGCUCAGUACCUGAAGCGGCGGCAGUAUGUGGACACUGACGGGGGUCUGAAAGGAGCAAGGCUCUUCCAGUCGGUCGAGGAGAUGGCUGCCAGCCUCACGGUGCAGACAGAGUCGGGCUGUGCCAACGUCGUCUCUGCUGCCCCCUGUCAGUGUGAUCCUCAGCAGUAUGAGAACCAGUACUCCAAGCUGCGCUCCUUUCUGUCAGAAACUGAGAUUCCCUGGGCUAAAGAGGUGAGCAGCAUCCUUUAUCCACUCUUUGUCUACCUCUACCUGGACAUGGUGCGCUGUGGCCUGAAGGGGGCAGUAGAUGGUUUCUACAGCCGUUUCCAUGGCACCUUUCUUCAGGACAGUGAGCAGCGCAUCACUGUGGAGCAGCUCCGCCAUGUUCUCACUGUGCAGGACGUCACUACUAACCCCAAACUGAGCGCCUUCCUGGAGCACAAGUAUGUGGUUCACCUGACUGAGCCGGCCUACAGCUACCUGCUGCGCUACCUGCAGAGCGACGACAACAGCGCCCUCUGCAGGGCUCUCAGCACUCACCUGCAGGUGGAAAUCUCCGUCUCAAAGCGCACUGACUACCAGCUGUACGGAGCAGCCAGUGGAGUGACCGCCGCUCCAAACUCCGCCUCCACCUGGGCAGGAGUGGACGGGGCAGAGGCUGGGGAGGGGGUAGAGGUUCCCGCUGGGAUCCCCCAGAGCGAGGCGGCCCUGGAGGCGCUGCAGGACUGCAUUAAGAAAGUCCGGGACGGGCCGCCCUCGCUCACCACGGUGUGUUUCUACGCCUUCCAGCACACGGAGCAGCUGCUGAACACUGCUGAGGUGUCGGCCGACAGCAGGCUGCUCGCCGCUGGCUUCGACAGCUCCGCGGUGAAGCUGUGGAGCCUCCGAGCCCGCAAGCUGAAAGCCAAACCGCAUCAGGCCGACGUGUCUCACAUCCACCUGGCAUGUGAUGUCCUGGAGCAAGAGGUGGACGAGGAGGACGGCGCCGGCAGUGAAAUAAAGACGCUCCGUGGCCACAGCGGCCCGGUGUUUCGCACCGCCUUCCUGACAGACAGUUCUGGGCUCCUGUCCUGCUCCGAGGACACGACCAUCCGCUACUGGGACUUGGGCAGUUUCACCAACACGGUGCUGUAUCGAGGCCACACCUACCCGGUGUGGGACGUGGACGUCAGCCCCUGCAGCCUCUACUUCGCCAGCUGCUCCCACGACCGCACUGCCCGCCUCUGGACGUUCUCCCGCACCUACCCUCUGCGGCUUUACACCGGCCACCUGGCUGACGUGGAUUGCGUCAAGUUCCACCCCAACUCGAACUACUUGGCAACCGGCUCCACAGACAAGACUGUCCGACUGUGGAGCACACAGCAGGGGACAUCUGUCCGCCUCUUCACUGGCCACCGUGGUCCAGUCCUGUCGCUAGCUUUCUCACCUAAUGGGAAGUACUUGGCAUCUGCUGGCGAAGACCAGAGGCUGAAGCUCUGGGACUUAGCCUCGGGAACUUUGUUCAGAGAUCUGCGAGGACACACAGACAGCGUUACCAGCCUGUCCUUCAGUCCAGACAGCAGCUUGGUAGCGUCGUCGUCUAUGGACAACUCGGUGAGAGUUUGGGACAUUCGGAACUCUCACAGCGGAAUGACAGCGGACGGCUCGUCCAGUGAGCUCGUGGGUCUGUACAGCGGGAACACCAGUAAUGUGCUGAACGUCCAGUUUAUGGCCUGCAACCUGCUGCUGGUGACUGGAACCGCACAGGAGAAAGCCGAAUAGUGUGUGUGUGUGUGUGUGUGCGUGUGUGUGUUCAGGAAAUACUUGAAGAUGUCUGGAUUUUUUUUUUUUUUUUUUUGAGGUAUGUCACCGUUCAGAAGCACAUUUUAUACCGAAGAGGUUCGAUCAGAGAAGAAAAGGUCAUUUUGCAAACUAAACUGAAGGUCGCCACCUGCUGGUUGAAUGAUUUUUAAUUUGCUUCCUGUAACUGAGGUAUUAUUUGCUGGCUGUGUAACGAACCGUCCGUAUGUUCAGGUGUCUGCACUGCUUCUAUUCUGUCACUGUAGCUGCACAUCAGGUGGCGCUGUAAUGCAGAGUUCUUUGUGAAAUUUGCCCAGGAAUUCAAGAAGAAGAAAGUCUGGGGAUUUUUAACCUCCUCUGUCUCUUACCAAAAUAUUUUGGCUAUUUGUUUGUUUUGUUUUUGUUUUUUUUUUGUUUUUUUCCCCCCCUCAGCAUGUUUAUCAAAAAACUAAUUCUCAAGUAUUUGGGGGGGGUUACUUCCUCCUCUUUGUCCGAUUACUGAUCUUGGGCAUUUGCGUUACUUAAGCAGCUGUUUUUGUUUUGUUUGUAAGCGACCUCCUCAUGUGGUGGUUAUGGCAGUUCACGCUGGCUGCACUCGGACACCGUUGCAGCAGUGGCGUCCCGCGGGUCUUUAGUUCACAGUGGAAAUGGAGCAGAAACGCCCCCUUCUAGUCAUGUCUUUCAACAGCCUGCACCCGGAGGUGUGACAACAGGAACGGUCGUGUUUCACAAGGAUUGUGCCGGACAAGUUCAGCAUUUAUCCUCAUCUUUGUGAUCCAUUUAUCACUGUUGUCUUGUGCACAUCCAUGGAAGAAAUAAUGUGAAUCAAGUUCAGUGCAUGCAUGAAAGAAGAAGAAGAAAAAAAAAAAAAAACGCAUAAAAGUGAGGAUGUUAUGUUUGUUCGGUGCUUUGACGCUGGUGUAGGUGGAGUAUUGCUCCAUCAUUUUUCAUUGCAUUUUCUGUUUGGAGUCAGUUUGAUUUUCAAGAUCUGUUUUGGAAGAUAGUUUUGUUUUCCUGUUCAGGGAAAAGUUGGAAUGUUGCUCAGAUGUCUGGUAUAUUGUUUCCACACUGUCUCUUGGUUUGUGAGUGUUUGUUUCUGUUUGGCUCUUUUGUGGUAUUUGAAUAAGAACAUGUCACUAGCCCUCUAAAACAGAGGUCUCAAACCAGUUCCAGAAAGGGCUGAGAGGGU